AUGUCUUUUAUAAGGCUGGCCUUGUGUGUCGUCGGUGUAUAUUCUAUGUUCCUUCUGUGGGCUAUUGCACAAGAACGAUUAUCUGCCCCAUUCAAGUCUAUAGAUGGCACCUCGUCACAUAAAUUUAAAUCCGCCCUUUUCAUGGGAACCUGCCAAAGCGCGCUCAGUUCAAUAUCAGCCCUCAUAUAUAUCCUCUGUCGACGCAAAUCGACAGAUACACUGCUACAGAGUUUGGGUCUUCAACACGUAGAACCAGUCUCAAAUGGCGUCGCGAUAUCCAACGGAAAGCAUCAUCGUCAUCCUGAACACCCUCCAAAACCAUCCACUCGUUAUUCCCACAAAGCACUGCUCCUCAGCUAUCUCCAAUGUUCGGUCUUCAUCACCUCCGCAGCUCCCUUUGGCUUUGCAGCACUCUCUUACAUGUCAUACCCCGCCAUGGUUCUAGGCAAGUCCUGUAAGCUUGUCCCCGUGAUGAUCAUGAACGUCCUUCUCUACCGUCGCAAGUUUGCACCUCACAAAUAUCUUGUCGUCUUUAUGGUGACCCUCGGCAUCACCAUUUUCAUGGGCUUUGGGAACGACAAGAAAGGAAAAUCGCGUGCCUCAGGUAAUAAUGGCCAGACACAAACUCCGUACGCCAACAUCAUUGGAAUCUCAUACCUCCUCAUCAAUUUGGCUCUCGACGGCGCGAUAAACUCGACCCAAGAUGAAGUCUUCACUCGCCACAAGGUAACCGGGCAGCAAAUGAUGUUCUGGAUAAACUUGUUCUGUACAAUUCUCACUUCCAUCUUGUCAAUCCUUCCCCUGCCGUAUAUCCCUGUCAUUCACCCCUCCACCGACGGUCAAUCUGAGCUUUGGGGCGCCCUUACAUUCAUUCAAAAUCACCCCUCGAUUAUCGUCCCUCUGGCACAGUUUGCACUCACUGGUGCCCUUGGGCAACUAUUUAUCUUUGAGACCCUCCAACAUUUCGGGUCACUUACACUUGUGACUAUAACCUUAACGCGUAAAUUAUUUACCAUGGUCUUAUCAGUGGUUGUUUAUAACCAUACACUCACCACGGGACAAUGGCUUGGUGCUGCAGUCGUUUUUGCAGGGAUCUCUGUCGAGGCGUUUGUCAAGCGAAAGGAUGUUCAUGCGAAACGCGUCAUCCAAGAAAAGGAGAAAGCAAAGAUAAAAUCAUUGUGA